AUGUUGUGUUUACUGUGGCGAUUGGCUCAGCUCAUGGCUUUCCCCGAGAAGAUUGCGAAAUCUGUGGGAGUUACCGACGGUCUCCACCACCUCAACCUCUCGUCUGCUGAUGAAUGUCGAGGUGUUCCGCGUCCUGGACUUGCAUUUUUCUUAGAGAAACCCGAAGCCACCUCCUCAACACUGUCAAACCUCACCAUUGAGGACGGUGAACGUGUUGCAACUGUUGGUGUCUGGGACUCUGGCAGAUCCACUAUCGCCUGUCUCUUCCGACGUCUCCAUGAACCUGCCUUCGCGAGGCCUUCGUCCACUCUGGCUGCCGUUCGCGAUCUGCGCAAAGCGCUUGGGGAAGACAUCACAUCCAUUGAUAUAACGGUCACUACUAUUGACCCUGGGACGAACUUUGACUCCGCAUUUAUGGUCAAUGGAUGGCCGACUUUGACAAGAGAGAACACGUUAGGGACCGUUAGUGGAACUACUGGCCUGGGGCUGAAGAAAGUCAUGGCGCCCGGGCCAUUCACAGCAGGUGUCAGCCUCGCACCCAAUGCUGAUGUUAUUUACCGGCCAAAGGUUAUUCUCGAGCGCACUGUGACAGAAGCCCUGGUGCCACCCUCGUCGAGGGCAUAG